UCCGACGCUGCGCGCUCGGUCUGUGCGGGUGGGCUCCGCGCUUGAGUGGCCCGGCCGGGAGCGGGCCGCGUGCUCGGGGAGAGCACCGUGGAUUGGAGAGUGGCGCACAGCAUGGCGGAAAACCGAGAGCCCCGCGGGGCCGUCGAGGCUGAGCUGGACCCGGUGGAGUAUACCCUUCGGAAGCGGCUCCCCCACCGCCUGCCCCGGAGGCCCAAUGACAUUUAUGUCAACAUGAAGACUGACUUUAAGGCCCAGCUGGCCCGCUGCCAGAAGCUGCUGGACGGAGGGGCUCGGGGUCAGAACUCAUGCAGUGAGAUCUACAUUCAUGGCCUGGGCCUGGCCAUCAACCGUGCCAUCAACAUUGCCUUACAGCUGCAGGCGGGCAGUUUCGGGUCCUUGCAGGUGGCUGCCAAUACCUCCACCGUGGAGCUGGUCGAUGAGCUGGAACCAGAGACUGAUACACGAGAGCCUCUGACCCGCAUCCGCAACAACUCGGCCAUCCACAUCCGGGUCUUCAGGGUUGCACCCAAGUAAUGGAAAUGAGGAUGGCCACCUUACCCGCCCACCCUCACAUAACUAGGCUCAGAUAUGGCUCUUCUUGUACAGAGGACUCUGAAUUGAGAGGGAGAGUAUUGUCUCUUGUUGGGCCCAAGCAGUGGGUCUUCCCAGUCUUUGUGGUCUGUAACCAUCGUCCUAGGCAAUAAAAACUACCAAGUUGUGUUAGCAUGCAGCCACCCCACUGCCA